CGUCUAUAAAGUGCGGUUGACGGUAAUGCCAGUCACCUGAGAGUCAGGUUAGAGAUCAGGAGCAGCUUUUGUCCAGGAAUGUGGGCGGGGAACAGAAUGCAGUUUAUAAGUUUGAAGUCUUCUUUUAAGAAUGUAUUCGUAAUUGUUUGCAGUGUUGUCUUCAGGAGCACCCUGCCUUGUUAGGAAGAUUGCCUCUGUGGACUGUUUAAGGCUGCUGUCUGGUUGGCAGUAGGAAUAGCGUCCGGUUUAAUUCUGGAUUAUUUUUAGUCUUGACGUUUAUUCCGAAACAUUCUGUUUUAAAGAAGGAAGCCACACCGAGCCAUCGACCAUUAGCUGUGUAAAAGAGUGGUUUUACUUUUAUUUGACAUAAAGUUUUAUACAUUACGAUGAACGAAGUUUCAGCACAUAUAUGAAUUUGACAACGUAAAUUGGAGGUGGUUUUGUUUUGGACGAAACGAGGAUUUGGACUAUGGACAUGAGAGAUCCAAAUCACGAUCUUUUCAGGCAGCUCUCUUCUUGAAACUUGAGAGUCCAGUUUUUACUACAUCAUGUUGAUAUAAUCAAUGAAGGAAGCCAUCCGGAUAUUUAAAAUCGAGAAGCAGAAUGGGGAAACAAGCAGACUGAUCGCACAGAAUUGUGAAUGCUAUUGUUCCACAAAGAGGAACGAGCCAAUCUGUAUCUGUAUUUAAUAGAGCUGGAUUGCGCCACACGAUACUGGGGUGCAACAGAACUGGUUUUAAAUGAUUAGAACAGUUCUUGAAAAGCUUUCUUUAAAUUAAGCGUUUUAAACCACAUAGAUUGCUCACACAGACCCAGACACAUAGAAUAGAGUUUUCAAGUGUACUCUGGAUAUCUCAUUUCCUGGUUGAUGUGGUUCUUGUUAUCAAAAUAACAUCAGGAAUAGACGAUUAAAACAUGAAGAUUUCGGGAUCCUGAAAUUGCAUUUCUAAAUAAGGUUUAAGGAAUGGCAUCAACUGAAAGGCUAUAUGAACUUUGGAUGCUCUACUGUAACAAGAAGGAUCCUGACUACCUUAAACUUUGGUUGGAGAUAUUCAUCAGCUCCUAUGAAAAAUGUCUGGAUGUGGAUUUCGAAAAGCCUGCGACGAGGCUGGAUGAAGUCCCUCCAGUGAUGUCUCUGCUGCCUGAUAACAUCCUGCAGGUCCUGAGGCACCAGCUCCUGCAGUGUGUUCAGAAAGUAUCCGAUGGCUUGGAGGAGGAACAGCAGAUCCUCUCCCUGCUGCUGGUCAAGUUCUUGAUCGUUAUCUGCAGGAAUCUGUCCAAUGUGGAGGAGAUUGGGACAUGUUCCUACAUCAACCAUGUCAUCACCAUGACCACGCUAUAUAUUCAGCAGCUAAAGAGCAAGACAAAAGAGAAGGAGCUAGCAGACCAAACUCCUGCAGAAGAAUUUGUCAGGCACGCCCUCACCUUCUGCGAGAGCCUCUAUGACCCCUAUCGAAACUGGAGGCACCGGGCUUCUGGUGGCCUGGUGAGUGCAGUAGAGAAGAGCAGACAGAAGUACAAAGCCGCCCCCCUGACUGUGGAGUUCGUCCCUUUCUUUUACCAAUGCUUUCAAGAGAGUGAACAUCUGAAGGAGAGCCUAAAAUGUUGCCUUCUGCAUCUCUUUGGGGCCAUUGUGGCUGGAGGACAGCGCAAUGCACUUCAGGCGAUUUCUCCAGCCACCGUGGAGGUCCUGAUGAGACUACUGGCAGACUGUGAUUUUAUAGAGGAUAAGGACCCAGAUGACAUCAACCGGAAGGCCGAGCUGACCCUGAAAUGCCUGACCGAAGUGGUGCAGAUGCUGCUGUCCAGCAGCUCAGACCAGCGGCAGGUGGAGAUCAGCACCAUCCUGGAGAAUUACUUCAAGCUGCUCAACUCAGACCCCACAGCAUUGCCUGUCAAGACCAAAUCCAGACAGUGGGAAAACAGGUUUAUCACACUGCAGAUACAGAUGCUGAACACCAUCACUGAAAUGUUUCAUUGCUCUGACAGACCGGUCCUUCAGGCCAUUUUCCUAAACAGCAACUGCUUUGAGCACCUCAUCCGAUUGCUUCAGAACAGCAAGCUGGUUGUAAAUGCUAGAUGUAAGGCAGCAGACAAGAGCGAGAAAGAUCUUGCCAACAAAAUUCUGACAGAAAUGAAUGAGGACCAGGUGUUUCAGGGUCGGCUGGAUUGCCUGGCUGUAUCCACAAUAAAAGCGCUCACUACAGUGAUGCUCAAGUCCCCUGCUGCUAAGGAGGUGUUCAAAGAGAGGAUUGGUUACACACAUUUGUAUGAAGUUUUGAAAUCCCUGGGGCAGCCAUCAAGAGAGCUGCUGAAAGAACUUAUGAACAUGGCUGUUGAAGGGGACCACACUUCAGUUGGGAUUCUGGGGAUCAGCAACGUCCAGCCCCUCAUGCUGCUUAUCCAGUGGCUCCCGGAUCUCGACUCGCACGACCUUCAGAUCUUCAUCUCCGACUGGCUGAAAAGAAUCUGCAGCCUCAACCGCCAGAGCCGCAACACAUGUGUCAACGCCUCCAUGGUGCUCCGCAUCUUGGAGUCCUUGAACUUUCACACCUGCCUUCACCGCACUUGCGCGGAGAACCUGAUUAGUUUGUUAGGAUCUCUUGGCAGCCAGUCACUGAGCACAGGGGAGCUUCUACAGCUAAUUAGGCUUUUGAGGACCGAGGACCCGAAAGAGGCCCACCCAUACGUGGUACUGGUAAUGAGGGCUAUCCUUGGGAUGGCUCGCAAACAGGGGCUUGAUAGUGCACUGCAGUACUUUGACCUGUCCCCUAGCAUGGCAGGGAUCUCUGUGCCCACAAUCCAGCGCUGGCCAGGAUAUGCCUUCAGUUUCUACGCCUGGCUGUGCUUGGAUCAGGACCAACAGGGGAGUGGGCUCUUCAGUAAAGGAGGGAAGAGAAAGCAACUCUACAGCUUUUUCACAGCUAGUGGGACUGGUUUUGAAGCCUUUCUUACUUCCUCUGGAGUUCUGGUAGUAGCCGUGUGCACCAAGAAAGAGUAUGUGACCGUCAUGCUUCCUGAUCACUGUUUCUGUGACUCCCUGUGGCACAGUAUAGCUGUUGUUCAUGUGCCAGGGAAGAGGCCCUUUGGACAGAGUUUGGUGUACAUAUAUGUCAAUGGACAGCAGAAGCUGUCGGCCCCUCUAAAAUUUCCUACUAUGAAUGAGCCCUUUAACUCAUGCUGUAUCGGCUCUGCUGGCCACAGGACGACCACUCCUCCCCCUUCGCAGAUCCCAGACCCCCCUUUCUCACUUCCCACGACCCCGGGCCGGGCAUCACUGGGGGCGAUCCUGUCUUCCCCCAGCUGGGGCGGGCUCCUGCCAGGAAAACCCGAGUCUGUGACCAAGCUGAUCUCUGCAGGGACCCAGGACAGCGAGUGGGGCUCCCCCACCUCUCUGGAGGGGCAGCUGGGCAGUGUGUUGGUCUUCCACGAGGCUCUGCAACCAGCGCAAGUCAAGGCUCUAUAUCUGGCAGGACCAAAUUGCAUUUCUCUUUUGAAAGCUCAAGAGUCUGAGUUGGCAGAAAUGCCAUCUAAACUUCUCCUUUACUACACGCCGAAGGCCUGCAAAAACCCUAUUUGCCUUGAUCUGUCUCCAAAUCUUCUCCAUGGGAGAUUAACUGGGAAUAAAGUCGUUAAUUGGGACAUAAAGGACAUGAUCAACUGCAUUGGUGGUUUAAACAUCCUCUUCCCCUUGCUGGAACAAAUAACCCACCUGACUGGCGCUGAGAGGAGUGAAGCAGAUGCUGCAGCAGCUGAGAACAUAACUCCUGAACUGCUGACCCCAUCCGACGGGGACUGGGUGGUUCUGCCGUCCUCCAGGGCAUCAGAGGCUAGAUUGGAAACCAAUUUUGUAGCUACCUUUCUCCUGAUGAUCAAGCACUUCAUUCAAAGACACCCAAUCAACCAGGAGAAUCUUAUCCACUCCCAUGGAGUUGCUACCUUAGGGGCCCUGUUACAAAAGCUGCCAAGCAGUAUGGUGGAUGUGAAUGUGUUGGUGGCUGUGCAGCUGCUGAUAGAGCAGGUGAACCAGGAGAAGAACACAGUGUUGCUGCAGCAGAUGUACCAGUGCCUGCUUCUAGACUUCCGUAUCUGGAACCAGGGAGAUUUCCCCUUCAGAAUCGGCCACAUUCAGUACUUGUCGACAAUAAUCAAAGAUAGCCGGAAGCUGUUCAGGAGGAAGUAUGGAGUCCAGUUUGUGUUGGAUGCUAUUCGUCUCUACUACGGAACCCACAGUAAAGAGAAUGACUUGUGUCUGGAUGAUGUGAAGACGAUUCGCGCUUCGCUGUGCGGACUGAUCAAAUACUUCAUCAGCAAAGGGGUGGUGCAGGAGGAGGUGCAGUGUAUCCUGGGAUACAUUGCUGCAAUAGGAGACGAGGAACAGUUGUGA